GUUGCAGUUAUUAAAUUAAACAACUGUUUUUGUGACUUUGUGUGUGCCACGCAGACUGUACCCAGUCAGUGGAAGAGUCCUCUACCUCGUUGCUUGCUCUGUUGUAGUGAGUUGAUCGGAGUUUCGCUCACUGUGGAGCUACAAGUAGCGUUCGGCUUUGUCGUACGAUUUUCAUUCGAAAGCGUACUUUUUCAAAGCCUUUGUUUUCAUUCAUAGCUGUGCGGAACUCGAUUUGUGCUGUCACACCGCCAAGUUAUUAUUUAAGACAGGAGUGUUAUUUGCUUUCAUUGGAGCAAUGCAAGUGAUGGCUGCCGGAAUCGUUGGGAAGAAAACUCAGUGGCUUGUUUUACUAGGUUUUCUCUCGUGUUGGUUUUCGUCAGUUGAGGGAAUGUGUGAAGAGAUGCCGGUUCUGAAAAAUAGGACUGAUGACACGAGUGGCUUGGUCUAUCAGUACACAGUCAAAGCAAGGAUGGCAUCCACAUGUGAUUCCUGUUCCCGUGUUCUUAACGUUAAUACAAUAGACGAACUUGAUCUGGAUCAUAUCAAAGAGAUCGAUAACUGGCAGCAUUUUUCCAGCAGUUGUAAAGUAAGGAUCGGUCGCUGCAACACAAUAGAGGGCCUUGGUGAGAACUGCACAGGCUCUCUCAAAGGUAGAGGAGCUUGUCUUAGAAAGAAGAGGAACGGGGAGAUGGUGGUAAAACGUUGCGGACCCUGUUACGAUUAUUUCGUUUGCAAAACAGUAAUUGAAGGAGGUCGUAGAACAAUGGUCCCGGAUCCUCAAUGUACCCAUCCUUCUUGCCAGAGGGGUUGUCAAAAUCAGCUCUCCACCCAGUCUUCAUCAAGCCAUAAACGUGGGUUUGAGUGCAUUCCAAAAAAUGGAACUGAUUGGGAAGUGAGUUGUUGCAGAGACGUAAACAGCGACCCCCAUCGUUACUUCGUUUGCGUAGCAGAGGAUAGCGUCAAUUCCACCGCACUGUUUGAUCUUCUGACAUCGAACACUACCGGUACGCUUUGUGACAUGAGUGAUGCAGAUGGACAGAGAAAAUGUGAGAAUGCCUGGGAUGUCAACAAAGACAUAGAUGAUCGAGCCCAUGAGUUGAUAGAGCAGUGUGACAAGAAAACUUCCCGUAAACGUGGUAACCUCAACGUGUCUAAUACCGAGUCGCUCAACUGUUCUGUUUGUUCACUGGCUUCGAAGAUCGGCCGUCACCUGACAAAAGUCGGCCCAAGAGGGUUUCUGCUGUCACUACCGUGCAAAGCGCUGAAUGGCAGAACCGCUGCCGUAGCAGUGGUGCUGUCUUCCGACUUGGCUAACGAUUCGUCAUCAGCACCACAGUUCUCAAAUGAUACGGGCCUGGAUGUAAGCCAUGACGUCAUCCUAGCCACGGACGUUGUGUCCAUUAUACUGGCUCUGCAGGACACAGGAGACGAAUCUUUCUCCUUUCAAGACAAUCCAGUCGAGUUCGAACUGCUGCACAAUCACGUGAUCACUGGAAACGCAAAACGGGUGUGCACAUUUUGGAAGAUUUUUGAUGAUGAGACCUAUGAAGGGGUGUGGUCUAGUCAGGGGUGCACAGUGGUCAAGGAGAGCGCCAAUUCAACCACAUGCUCUUGUAAUCACCUGACUAACUUCGCCGUACUAAUACAGCUCAAUGAGGAACCACUUCCCCCGGACGACGAGAAAGCCUUGAAUAUUUUAUCCAUUCUUGGAGGUUCACUUUCCAUCAUCUGCCUGGCAUUUAUGCUGGUCAUCUACGCAGUCCUGAAGAUGUACAAGACUGAACGCGGGAUGGUCCAUGCCAACUUGUCUGUAGCGUUGCUGAUGUCACAGCUCAUUUUCCUGACAGGAAUCGAUGCCCAUGUGUCAAACAGGACCGCCUGCAAGGCUGUCGCUGUCCUGCUGCACUAUCUACUGUUGGCCAUGUUCAGCUGGAUGCUGAUAGAGGGCAUCUUGCUCUACGUCAGUGCCAAGUUCGCGUUUCACCGAGUCCGCCGUUGGCAGUUCUUGUUGUUGGGUUGGGGUUCGCCAGUCCCUGUGGUCUUAAUAUCCCUCGCCUCUGCUUUUGAUAGUUACGGCACAGACGAAAAUUGCUGGCUGAAUGGGGCGAGUAAAUGGGCAUUUAUUGCUCCCGUCAUCUUUGUUAUGAUGGUAAAUGUGGUCUUUCUGAUCUACACAUUGGCGGCACUACUGAAACUGCAAGUCCUGAAAAGCAAGACUGAAGUUGCCAAAAUAAAGGUUUUCACGAGGGCACUGUUGAUUGUUCAGCCUGUCAUGGGAUUUGCUUGGCUCUUUGGUUUGGGCCUCAACACAGCUGAAGACUCCAAACUCUUCUUCUACUAUCUCUUCGUCAUUCUGAACUCAUCACAGGGCGUGUUCAUCUUUUUCUUGUACUGUCUGAACACUGACGAGGUUAAACAAGCAUUUGGCCGCGUCCGUCGCCAGUUUUCACGCCGUCUCAAACCGCACGCCUCGUCCAAUGCCACGAUGAACAGCAUCAAUAAUGGAAAUAAAGAGAUGACAUUUCCGACCGUCUCUGAGGCUCCAGAUGAUGGCAUAAAGUCAGCGUGGAUAUGACUUGCAUGCAGCUGGAGGAUGCCGGAUUCACCUGGCACAAAUUAGAAUUCCCCAAUCUAUAAGCACGCUGAAGCUAAAACGCAUAGCAUCAUCACAUGAAAAAGUUAUCAACUGACGUCUUAAAAAAUAAUGUCUGGUUAUAGCCUAAGAGAACGAAUUUAGAUUUUCAUUUUCAAUUAUAUUAUUAUAUUAUAGAAUUGAUAUAUACUCAGAUAAAAUUAUGUAUUAUAUGAGAUAUCGUAUUAUUGAUAUAUGUAUACUCAGAUAGGCCUAAAAUAGUAUUUUGAUUUGUAACUUUUUAGCCAGUAUAUAAGCACGGUUUAAUAAAAUAAGCGUUGGAUGUAACGGCACAUAUUUACAUCUCGGAUGCACAGAAACACAAACUGCUUUGCAUGGUACUACUCUAAAGAUAGCAUUCUGAUUUUAGAGCGGCUGAAGCGUUAUAUUUUCCCGUUAAAUUUAAACGAAUUAAAUGCAAUGGGUAGGGCUACUUUUGGACAGUGAAAAGUAUUGUAUUCAAUUUCAUUCAGCGUUAAAGUGUGGCCUCUAUAGUGCUACACAUUAAUGAAAUCUUAGGCAGUGCAAGGCUAAUAUCUUUGGUGUUUUGGACGAUGCUUAAUAGGCUGUCGCAAAGUAUUCUUGCCUUUCAAGCAGACAAAAUUUACACGUACUUUUUUGAGCGUUCAUGAUCUGCUGAUUUUUUUGUUUCAUUUUGUAAAUAUUUGUCUGAUGUGAUGUUAUUUUAGAAUAUUACAAUAGUUUGGACUAACAGUACCAGAGGCUGGCGUACAGGAAAUAUGCACAGUUUCACUGAUUCCUCAGAAAAUAUACGUGCGGUUGUUAAAGUAUGUCAACUAUUUGUAACCACAGCGAGUUUGAUUUAAUUCAAUCCUGUGACGCACCUUUUAAAAAAUCUACAUGUCAUUUGUUACUGAUAGAAGCGACGUUUCUACAAAUGUAAAGAAUUUGCCAACAUAGCAGCCCUUUCUGAGGAAGCGGUAUUUUUUGCGCAAAACUGUAAGAGGCUUAGCAUCGUUUCAAUUACCUCUGCAAUUAUUACUAUUCAUUGUAGAGUUUGUCAAAGAAAGUGUAUUCCAAUCCAGAUUACACUCAAAAGUGCAUUCACAUUCGCCCGGGCAUUCCACGGCGUUCCUUUGGCAAUAUUUCAGUUACGAGCAAGCUUUCGUGACAUUUCUUAUUGCAGGGAAAAUUCAGAUAAUUAUACUGAAUAUAUUUAUGCCUAAUAAGCCAGUUAUUGACAUGGACAGAAUGAAACAUGAUGGAUUGAUUUACUUGCCCUCAGACCAAAUAACGUGUAAAACAGUGAAUGCAACCUGUAUUAGUAGAAGUGUGGGACACAUUAUUCACUGAAUGUGUUAUCGCAUAAAUCUUUACGUCUGGAAACUGGAUUAAACGACCCUCGGGAAAAAUAGAUUACCCAAUCCCUUUAGUUAAAACACUUUUUCAACUUUUGAACUUGAGCAUUUCAUAGUCGCGUGUGAACCACCAGAAAAGCCUUCUUUACAAAGAAAAUACGUUCGGUCCGGCGACGCAGCUUAUUUCACCCUCACUUUUUUUCUGGAAAUAUGUUCGCAUACAACGUGACUGCAUGUGCACGUAGGCCUACCGUUGGGAACUACAAAUACUAAAAUAGAAUGUCACCACAAUAUUAACUGUUUAAAAUCGUUUUCAGCCUGUACAUGCAAACAGGACAUAGACUAUCUCGUUUGUAAACACAGAAAUGACUUCAUCUGAAAAAGAGCGCCCGACUAAAUGUAAAGAGGGCUUAGAGGGACUCCUUUACUGUAUUACUCAACUGUACUCCAUCUAAAACACAUUAGCAGGAUUCCAUUCGAUCGAGCAAGUUUGGCAGAUUUUGGACAUCAUUUUAUGCCAAGUAAAAUGCUUUGUUAUCUUACCGACACACAGGUCUACGGCGACGUGUACACUGACCAGAAACUGGAGACUUGGGGGGGGGGCUGUAGUUCAGUUACUACACAUUGAGUUAAAUUCACAGUUUUUUAGGGUUAAUUCAACAAUUCAAGUGUGUUUUCAGGUUUUUCAGUAGUUUCCUUGAAAACGAGUUUUUAAAAAUUAAACACUAAAUUAAAGGUUGAAUUUUUAUAGAUUUAACUUUUGAAAUGGUGGAUUUUACACUUGCAGUAUGCAAUCACUGACCGCUAAGAUGUGUGUAGUGGAUUUAGUGUACAUUAAGUCAACUGAAGUAAAAAGUAACAAAGUUCAAAGCAAAACAGAAAGCAUUGCUUUAAGGUGUAUUGUGUGAUAUCAUAUAUGGAUCAUUGAUCAUUGCUCUCCGUUAUGUUUUUUGUGGAAUGUAGAGUCAAAUUUACCUCCCUGUCUAAUGUAUCUAUUGGAGACAUAGUUCCAACAAAUACCGUAACCUUUUCUUGACAGUAAAAGGAACUCAUAGACUUCACGCUGAAGCCGAGUUUUUUAGUCAAUGACGUUUUGCUUAAUUGUCACUUAUGCAUUUUACACAGAACAAUGAAGCUGUUGCUCUUGCAAAUUAAAUCAAAAUAUCAUUAUAAUCAUAUAAAACAAUAUAAACAAAUCAAUAUAAACAACAAUUAUUUAUUUCUAGUGUUAACACACGUACCGUUGGCAUGGUCGACGCUUUCUCUUUACCUAAGAGGAUUGUUACCAUUUGCAUACACAGAUUCCUAUUUUUCGCCCUGAAAUUUCGAGAGGACUAAACUCCCGUAAUCAUAUCUAUUAUACAAAAACCCCAAACGCCUUUGUAGUUCAUGAAUCUCACGUGAUAGGUCUACUGACCAGUAUAAGAUUAGUAUUGUUUGUGGUUUUCACUACAAAUUUACUCUAUGUUCUGUCUUGUAAAUUCUUUGUUAGUUUUUUCAAGCAAAUAGAAUUUCUUUAAUUGGCAAUGCAAUUCUAAAAAUGAACUAAAUAUAUUGGUUAUACUUUUUCGAAACAGA